AAGGCAAAAUCCAUAAACCCACCCACUCACUCCUCAAAACUUUCCAUAUCAAAAAACUCUCUCUCUCACACACACACACAUACACUACAAAACCCUCCAAAUUCUGCCGCCAAAUUUAUAAUUGUGACCGGUAACCGCCUCAAGCGGCGGCAUCAAUCACCAUAACUGCUAAUAACCCCUCGCCUUCAAUGUCCAACUCGCGGAGGAACUCGCUCAGCGGCGUCGCCUCUCCUCAACUCGCCGGGUCAACUCAGGAUCUUAGGAACCGAGUCAUAAACUGCCUCAACAAGCUCUCCGACCGAGACACGUUGGCCCUUGCCACCUCCGAGCUCGAGUCCAUCGCUCGGGGCCUCGGUCAUGAUUCUUUCUCGCCGUUCCUGAGUUGCAUUCACAACACUGAUGAUUCCUCCAAGCCUCACGUACGGAGGCAAUGCGUGAGCCUCCUAGGCCUUCUUUCGAACUCCCAUGGCGAUUCUCUAACUCCCUUUCUUCCCAAGAUGAUCUCUACCCUCGUUCGCCGUCUCCGUGAUUCUGACUCCGUUGUUCGAAUGGCAUGCGUGGACGCCGUCUCCGCCAUGUCGGCGCGGAUCACAAGGCCGCCGUUCGCGACUGCUUUCCACAAACCUCUAAUGGACGUUCUCUCGCUUGAUCAGGACCUCAACUCCCAGAUCGGCUCUGCUUUGUGCCUCGCCGCCGCGAUCGAGGCGGCGCCGGACCCUGACGUGGCUCAGUUACGACGGAGCUUGCCGAGGUUAGGGAAGUUGACUAAGAGCGACGGGUUCAAAGCCAAGUCAGCGUUACUGGUUCUCGUCGGUAGCAUUGUUGGCGCCGGUGGCGCGUCGAGUAAGAGUGCGUUAGAUUGGCUUGUGCCGAGCGUGUCGGACUUCUUAUGUAGCGACGAUUGGGCGGUGAGGAAGGCUGCUGCUGAAGCUUUGGGAAGAGUAGCCGUUGUAGAGAAGAUUUUGGCGUCAGAGUACAAGGCUUCAUGUUUGAAUGCAUUGGAAAAUCGGAGAUUUGACAAGGUCAAGGUUGUCCGUGAGAUUAUGAAUCAAACAUUAGAGUUAUGGAAGGAGCUGAAUGCCUCCGCGGAGAUUCCUCUUCCACUUCAAUCAAGAUCUUCUUCUCAAGAUAAUGGGAUUGGUCGAUGUUUUCCUCCUCUCCCUAAAAGCUCCCAAGACAGCGGUUAUGAGACUCCUCAACCAAAGAAAAGAGUCCCCACUAACCGGUCCCCUCCAUCUGAGUCUGAUGGUUCCUUGCCUAACAGUGCCAAAAAAGGAAUUCCUUUAAAAAGUAAAGACAGAAAUUCUACCCCAACCAUGUUCGGUAAGGUGGACCAUCCGAAGAAAGCAUCUCAUUGGAAAAUUGGAAUUGCAGUGCCAAGUUCUCCUUCCACGAAGGUGGCUUGUGAGGACAAUGUUGGUGGAAAGAACGAUUCUCUGGUUUCUGAAUCUGGGGAGAAGCAGUCUAGAAAUGCGAGGCAGGAAACUAAACAUGCCCUCGUUAGUAAGAUUCUCGAAGGAGAAGUUCAAAAAUUUGGUCGUUUGAGAUCGGGCUCUCGCGUGGUUCCAUUUGAUGAUGAUAAUGAAUACCAUGGUUCAGAUGUUGUCCAUGACAAUGCUGCUGAAGAAGUUUACGAGAAUCCCAAGGAUGCUGAAGAUCUCUCAAAGAUCCGUGAACAACUUAUUCAGAUUGAAAACCAGCAAUCGAGUCUUUUAGACCUUCUUCAGAGAUUUAUUGGGAGUUCCCAAUAUGGAUUGAAUUCUUUGGAGACACGAGUCCGUGGCCUAGAGAUCGCUCUAGAUGAAAUGUCAUACGAUUUGGCUGUAUCAAGUGGAAGGUUUCCGAUCUCCGACUUUGCAGAAAACACAUGCUGCAAGCUGCCUGGUACAGAGUUCUUGAGCUCCAAGUUCUGGCGCAGAGCUGAAGGCCGCUAUUCUUGUCAAAUGUUUCCUAAUUCUGGGUCUGGGAUGGUUUUCUCACCCAACAGGUUUCAGCACCAAAACGGAAGUGCUUUUUCGAACCCAUUGGCUGCUGACAUCCAGAGCAGUUUAAGAGGCAUCUGUGGGGGAUCAAACAGAAUGCCAAAGAGGAUAGUUCAAGAUUCUGAUAGUAUUCAAGCUUGCAACACCAGUGGAUUUAGUGGUGCUUGACCAGUUAACUGAAGACUUUCACCUGAGAUAUAGGGUGGCAAUAUUAUGUAAAAUCCUCCAACUACAAUUGAACUUCUAAUGGUGGAACAAUGUUAUGUGUAUGGGAGAGCCUGCAAUGAGGCAUUGAAGACCAAACCACAUGAACAUGAAUUUUUUAUGUGCCUGAAAACACAUCAGUCAUCCAUGUGGCUCUCUGCGCACACUGCAUUGUACCAAGGGCGGCCUCACUCAAUGUAUAUUUAUUUCAUUUAGUCCCAGCGUUCAGAUUAAAAUUUAUUCUCGACAAUGGAGGCAAGUACCAUUUGCAACUUGUAAUUCUUUUCUGUGCAGUGUGUACCAUCCUCAUAAUUUAAGAUUCAUCUGUAUAGAUCCAAGUUUCUACACCAUCUUUUUGGCAUAUCGUUACUAACUAUAUUGUUAAAUUAUUAAUACAUGAGUAAAAUUUAUUUCAAGUGGGUUUAAAGUAAGCA